UUUUAUGGCUCAAAUUUAACUUCUAAUCCUUUUGACAUUAGAUUGAUAGUUGGAAAAAUAACUAAAUUAAAUGAACGGAUAAGAAAAAGUUUCAAUAAAUGUUGUAUAAACUGCUCAGCUCUCCAAUGGAAGUUUGACUUGUUAGUUGAUACCGGAAGCUAAUUCAAACAUAAUCGCCAGCCUACGUCAUCAUAUAAGGCCGAUUUUACUUCCUUGUUUACAAAUAGUAAAGAAAGAAAUACAGGAAGUGGGGCGCUUUGAUGCAUCUCCUCCACUUUGCUACUUUUAAUGAAGCCAUCAAGUGAUUUGGACAGAAAAUGGCAAUACUUGACCGCCAUGGUUUUCCUCGUUUGCCUGCUGUCCACCCGCCUCACCGAAGCGAAAUACGAACCCAACUGGGAGUCCAUCGACUCCAGGCCACUGCCUGACUGGUACGACCAGGCCAAGUUCGGCAUCUUCAUCCACUGGGGCGUCUUCUCCGUGCCCAGCUUCGGCAGCGAGUGGUUCUGGUGGUACUGGAGGGGGCAAAAGCUGCAGCCGUACGUGGACUUCAUGCGGAGGAAUUACCCGCCGGACUUCAAGUAUCAAGACUUCGCCCCUCGCUUCACCGCAGAGUUCUUUGACGCCAAAGAAUGGACGGACAUCUUCGCCGCGUCGGGCGCCAAGUACAUCGUGCUGACCACCAAACACCACGAAGGAUUCACGCUGUGGGGCUCGGAGACCUCCUGGAACUGGAACGCGGUGGACGUGGGCCCCAAGCGGGACCUGGUGGCGGAGGUGGCGAGCGCCCUCCGCGCCCGCGGCGACCUGCGCCUGGGCCUGUACCACUCGCUCUUCGAGUGGUUCCACCCGCUGUUCUUGGAGGACGCCGCCAACCGCUUCGCCACUGACCGCUUCGCCGUCGGCAAGAGUUUGCCGGAACUUUACGAGCUGGUGCGGACGUACAAGCCCGACGUGCUGUGGUCGGACGGCGACGGGAACGCGCCGGACAAGUACUGGAACAGCACCGGAUUCCUGGCCUGGCUCUACAAUGACAGUCCAGUCCGGGACACCGUGGUGACGAACGACCGGUGGGGCUCGGGCUCCAUGUGCCGACACGGCGGCUACUACACGUGCGCCGACCGUUACCAGCCAGGUCACCUUUUGCCGCACAAGUGGGAAAACUGCAUGACCAUCGACAGGAAGUCGUGGGGCUACAGGCGCGACGCCCCCCUCGCCGACUACCUCACCAUCGAGGAGCUCGUGGCGGUGAAUAUCCCUCCGUCCGUCCGUUUUCAAGCAGACGCUGGUGGAGACCGUGUCGUGCGGCGGCAACCUGCUGAUGAACGUCGGCCCCACGGCGGACGGGAGGAUCGCGCCCAUCUUCGAGGAGCGCCUGCGGCAGGUCGGCCGCUGGCUGCGGGUGAACGGCGAGGCGGUGUACAACAGCAGCGCCUGGCGGGCGCAGAAGGACGCCGCCGCGCCCGCCGUCUGGUACACGUCCAGGCCGCGGGAGAACGCCGUCUUCGCCGUGUUCCUCGUGUGGCCCGACGACGGGUCUUUACUCCUCAGCGAACCGGAGCUCACUCUAGGACACAACAAGGCAAAAACGGCCCUCUGAGGGGGAAACCCGAACUACGACGUGGCCCCCGCGAGAGAAAUGAGUUUGACGCCCCUGCUUUAGCUAUUCGUUGCCCUACCCUGCUAAAAAUUUUCUAUAGAAAUUCUAUCGAAAGAGACAAUUCUAUAGAAUUUGUACAGAAGAACUUGUUCUGUAGAAGCUUUGCUGUGAUUUUUGACAGAACAAAAAUGUUGUUAUAGAAAUUCGAUACAACUUGGGUCCCAAAGUUCUAUAGAAAAUUUUUAGCAGGUUUAGUAAGUUUGGAAUUUAUUUUAUGAAACUUGUCACUGCUAAGAAUGUUAGCUCGAUUUACGUGUGAGUCAAAAAUUAAAUACAUUUAAAAAUGUUUUGAAAACAGUACCAUAGUAGGCCCAAAUGUUCAGUCAAAAUGAGGCAAUUUUUUAUUCAUAGCGGGUAUAUUUUAUAUUUUUGUUUGCUGUUGUAACACCUCCAAAUCCGAGACCAUGGCCCUCAGCCGGAAAAGGGUCGGUCGGGGUUGAGAUCCUGCCCAAGUAUCUCGGGGUCUAGUUCACAAGUGAGGGAAGAACGGAGCGAGAGAUCGACGGACAGACCGGUGCAGCGUCUGCAGUGAUGCGGACUGUAUCGGUCCGUUGUGGUGAAGAGGGAGCUAAGCCGAAAUGCGAAGCUCUCAAUUUACUAGUUGAGCUACGUUCCAACCCUCACUGACGGGCAUGAGCUGCGGGUCGUGACCGAAAGAACAAGAUCCCGGAUACAUACGGCCGAAAUGAGUUUCCUCCCCAGGGUGUCCGGGCUCUCCCUUAGAGAUAGGGCAAGAAGCUCGGUCAUCAGGGAGGGGCUCAGUGUCGAGCCGCUGCUCCUCCGCAUUGAGAGGAGCCAGACGAGGCGGCUGGGGGCUUCUGAUCCGGACGCCUCCCCGGUGAGGUGUUCCGGGCGCGUCCCACCGGAAAGAGACCCCGGGGACGACCCGGGACACGCCGGAGAGACCUACGUCUCUUGGCUGAAGGCUGAGGUUCUCACUUCUUGAUGGCUCUGGAGGAAGCUCACUCACCUCACGCGGUCUUCGUGUCACGCUUAGACGUACUCCCAAGGUCGGUGAUCGAAAGCAGGAGUGCGCAGAAAGCGAUGGAGUAGCCAUCUUUUGCUCGCUGACUCAUUAAGACGUCGUUUUCUGGGAAGCGAGGCCGCCCGCAUUGAUUCUUGUCGUCGGACGGUCGCUGAUUGCAUUUUAAAACGUGGUUUCUGUUUCUGUCCUGUGUGUGGAAAAAAAAAAA